UUGGUGCGCCCCACUCUCCUCUCUCUCUCGCCCCUCUCUCUGCGCUCUCUCUCUCUCUCUCUGGCACUAUUGCAUUGUGGGACAGCGGCAGACAGCGGUUCGAGUGUUUUGGGCUUUUUCACGACCACCAGUCGAUAGUCGUGCCUCCAUGCAGCCAGAUGGGAGCCGUGGAGGAGAAUGGCAAGCCUCCGUGUUGAUAUUACGCACUAAAGAGGACGGCACUAGCACUGCGCUAAAGUGGAAGGUGUGUCGAAUGCUUUUCUCCAUGAAGAUGUUAUUGCUUUGUCUGGAAUGUUUCACAGCCUUUCUAUCUUCAUGAAGAGACCACACCAAAUUACAGGUGAUCGGCGCAAAAGUCCACCCCGCUGCCUCCCACCUGCCAUGCCUUACAUCAUCCCCGACCAAUGAGGUUCCUCCGGGAUCAAUGUUUACCGAUUUUUGCCAAAACGUAGCCACAUAGCUGCUUCUUUUUUUUUUUUUUUUUUUUUUAUAACCCGCCUGCACUAUUUUUAUACCGCCUUCUUCCUAUCAUGAGAUUCCGAAUUUAUAAGAGAAAGGUGGUGAUAGUGACUCUGGUGGUUGUGAUCUGCGGGCUUGCCUUUUGGAGCAGCGGAAGACAGAAGAAAACUGAUGUUGCCUUGUUUUCUAAAGAGGUGGAGGUAGUUCGAAGAAGCAGUAUUGUUGGUAGUAGUAGUAGUAGCAUUAAGAAUAUACCAGUGCAAGCUACGCAAGCUGCCAGUAAGCCACCAGUCGCACUUCCUGUUGCCCAAAAUGACACCCACUCAGAGAAGGACAAAGAGGAAAAGGUACCCAAGGGUGACAAGGUACCCAAGCCAGAUAUGGACAAUACCACUUUAGUAUACAGGGGCAUUGUUUUCCAGCUCAACUUUGACCAGAUUAUAAGAAAUGAGGAUAAAUUUAAGGCGGCGCGGCAAAAGGAUGAUCUCGUAGUGGUGGUGCAAGUCCACAACCGUCCGGACUACCUUAAAUUACUAGUGGACAGUUUACGAAAAGCGAGAGGAGUUGAGAGUUUACUGCUAAUUUUCAGUCAUGAUUUCUGGUCCCCGGAGAUCAACAAAGUGGUUUCGUCGGUGGAUUUUUGCCAAGUUUUGCAGAUUUUCUUUCCUUUUAGCAUCCAGCUGUACCCACACGAGUUUCCCGGGCAUGACCCAAGGGACUGCCCACGUGAUAUACCCAAGAAAGACGCCUUAAAACUGGGUUGCAUCAACGCAGAGUACCCGGAUUCCUUUGGGCACUACCGCGAGGCGAAAUUCUCCCAGACGAAACAUCACUGGUGGUGGAAACUGCAUUUUGUAUGGGACAGAAUUCACGCACUUAAAGAUCAUCAAGGUUUGGUUCUUCUCGUCGAGGAAGAUCACUACCUUUCUGCCGAUUUUAUCCAUUUGUUGAAGCUCAUGUUUGGGAUGAAGAAAGAACACUGCUCAGAUUGCGAUAUCCUCUCUCUGGGUAGCUACAGCCACAUCGGAUACUCCAGCAAAGCCAACAAAGUGGAAGUCAAACCAUGGAAGUCAACAGAGCAUAACAUGGGGAUGGCUUUGACUAGGGAAACCUACGAAAAACUCAUCAAAUGCACGGACACUUUUUGCACUUACGACGACUACAACUGGGACUGGAGCUUACAACAUUUAACAGUGUCUUGCCUGCCUUCUUAUUGGAAAGUUAUGGUCAGUGAAGCUCCAAGAAUCUUUCACGCUGGAGACUGUGGCAUGCAUCAUAAGAAAACUGCGUGCAUGCCGAUUAGCCAGAAAACCAAGAUAGAGAAUAUUCUCCAAAGCAGCGGGAAUCAGCUGUUUCCCAAAAAUCUCCUGAUCACUAAAAGACUUCCUGGAAACGGGGCGGGGGGCGUGGCUCCGCAUGUGAAAAAUGGAGGCUGGGGAGACAUCAGGGAUCAUGAACUGUGUAAAAGUUAUGUUCGUUUACAAUGACCUUAUACUUGCUUCUAUACAACACUGCAAAAGCUAAUAUAGAUUUUGAAUGACAUGGAUUAGGAUUGGGAUUUGAGUAUUUCACUACAUUUAAACUUGUUUAUUUAGUUUCAAGAUAUAAUUGUCUUAUUUGGAUAGAAAAAAAUCUGUCUUCAAAUUAAGAUGUUUUUGGUUCAAUGUGUAUUUUUUUUUUAAAUUGUAGGGCUUUGAAAGAUGUUAUGAAAAUAUCAAGCAAUUUUUCUUUUCAAAUUUUAAACCUUGGACAGAAGACUGGUACAUUAAUUAAGUUAACUAAGUACUAGAAUAAUACUAAUAUUUUGCUUACAAGAUGCCAUGGAAACAGAUUAAGUUGUUGUUAAUGAAAAACUUCAAAAGGAGCUGUAUCUGAUUUUUACUGUCUGAAAAAUGUGAAAAACAGAACUACUUUAUUUGAAACUAUUUGCAGUGGUCCAAACUUAUUUUUUACUUAAAUUCAUUGACAUGUACAUCCUAAUUAUUCACAGCAGUGAAUCUAGGCAAACAACAACAACACACAACAUAUCCUUUUUGAUUCUCAGACAUUAAAAUGCUUUAUAUUUAGAUACAGACAGUACACAGCAGAUUUAUUUUGACCUCAAGAGCUGCUUAUACAAUAUAUUUGUACUAUGGCAAGGAAUAUUUUGCUCAUAUACUUGGAAAAUUGGUUACAGAGCCUUUAGGUAACUUUAAUACCAAUUUUGCUUUAAUCAUUAUUAUUUUUGCAGCCCAAAUUGCCAUGGUUACCUUGAAAUUGGGGAAAAAAUAUCUUGUAACUACCAUACAAUAAAUGCGCAAACAUCUUGACAAGCCUAAACUACUUAAAGGUGCAUUGUGUAACUUCUCUGGUUGAGGGUCUGUCAAAUGCUUGUCUUCAUGGAGAUGUUAUUGCUUCGACUAGAAUGUUUCCCAGUAUGGCAUUAAACCUUUCUGUCUUCAUAGAGACCAAACCAGACCAAGCUACAGGUCAGAUCUAUGGAGAGGCGACCCCGCUCACAGUCAGAAUGCCUGUUUUUCGGAGUAUUUUUGAGCUAUAAAACCACCUGUAAUUCAAUAAAUGAAAGAUAAAACUGUUUAAUGUCACACUGUAGAACAUUCCAGGCAGAGCAAUGACUUAUUCAUAGAAACAAGCAGGUGAUGGACCCUCAACUUAAAAGUUACACAGUGCCCCUUUAAAUCAAGAUAAAUUUUGUUCAUUCAAGUCAUUUAAACUCCGUAUUGGUUUUUGCAGUGUGUUACUUUCUCUUUUGCAUCCCUUAUAUUGAAAGCCUUUUAAAGUUUAUGAACUACUCUUAUAUUGCCUGUUUUAUCGGACUGUUCCAAAUAAAAAUGAAUGUUGAAUUUUUGGCAUCUUUAACACAAUGUCUUUACACUGAAACAAGUGAAUCCUGGCGAGUCUGCUAUGUUUUGUAAAAUGUAAUUAACAACAAUAUACUAAACCAAA